AUGUUACGCCGAUCGUUUGUGCUGUGCAUUGCGACAGCUCCAAUUGCAGUGCCAAAGGACAUCCACGAUUGGUCACGACUACGGCAGUACUUGGAAGGCUUCACAGUAGGAGCCUGCACAGACACCGGAGUCCUGGAUGCCUCCAUCAUACCAACGCGGCACCUACAGCGAAGUCUUUUUCGCCUUCCCAUUCCAAAACUAAAGAGCACAUGCUCCCGCUACCUGGACGCCGUCAAGCCUUUGGUAACACCCAAACAAUUUGAUACAACGUCCAAAAUUGUAAAGGACUUUGAGUCGGGCGAAGGACUUAGCUUGCACGAGGAGUUGGUGCGUACGGACAAGGCAAACAAGCACACCUCUUACAUUUCCGCGGACUGGUUUGAUUUGUAUCUAUUGGAUCGAAAACCGUUACCGGUGAAUACGAAUCCAUGUCUUAUUACACGACGAGACCCGGACAAAGGGGAUAUGCUUACUCGUGCUACGUUCUGGAUUACGAGCAGUGUGGCCUUUUACCGCAUGUAUCUUGAAAAUACCCUGAAGCCUGAUAUAUUCAAUUUUGGUUCAAGAGAUCAUUACAGCAGGAAAGAUUGGUUUGAACGCACGGUGGCGCUUUCGCCAAGGAGCAUUUCCGCAAAAGUGUGCGUGUUUGGCUCUAAUUUUCACGCCUUUCCACUGGACAUGUCACAGUACGCUAAUUUGAUGAAUUCUACUCGUAUACCAGGAUUGAUUAAGGAUGAGGUUAGGGGAUUCGGUUUUGCACCACAUAUUAUUGUGCAGUUCCGUGGCCACCAGUACGUCGUGACUGUUGCUGACAGCGAGUGUAGACCGCUUCCAGAGGAGCAGAUUUAUGCGAGACUGAAAGCCAUCAUAGAUUUGAAUCCAAUGCCUCCAAGGGUGGACAUUGGGGUCUUUACGUCUACUGACAGAACAACGUGGCAUUCCGUGCGCACGGAAAUGUUGCGUGAUAGCGAGAAUCAAAAAAGCUUUGAACUGCUGGAUUCAGCUAUGUUUGUAUUGAACCUUGACGAUGAUGUGGAAGUGGACUUUUUGACUUCUCGUGGCGCUGUCGAAACGAUUCGUGUGAUGCUUGUAAGAAACGUGAAUCGCUGGUGGGACAAAAGUCUGUCGGUUAUUGUAACAAAAGAUGGUUUUCUUGGUAUCAACUUUGAGCAUAGUUGGGGGGAUGGGGUUGCGGUGCUACGGUACACACAAGACGUUUUUAAUCAUUCGAUCAUGCGCAGCCGCAGAAGCAUGCGUCACGAUGCAGCUCCUACAGAGGGAGUGAGGCAGUUAAAAUGGUGCUUGACACCCAAACUGGAGCAGGAGGGUGCCAAGGCAAAGAGACGCAUCGAUGCGGAUAUUCGCCGGAUGGACUGUUGCUCAUGUCUUGUAAAUGAGAUUGGAUCAUCCGAUCCCGUAUUCCGCAAGGGUCCAAUAAAAGUUGACCCGUUUUUGCAGUUGGCAAUGCAACUGGCUUGGUGGCGCCUGUACAAGAGUACAGUCAGCACAUAUGAGAGCGCCAGUACCGCGGCAUAUCUUCACGGCCGUACGGAAUGUAUUCGUUCCGCGACGAUUGAAAGUCAGGCCUUUACAAUUUUGAUGGAUAACCCGCGUGCCACCACCAACGAAAAAUUUGAAGCGCUUUUAAAGGCGGCGAAGAAGCACUUGCAGAUUUCCAAAAAUGCCAAAAUGGGUGAAGGUUUGGAUCGCCAUUUGUUCGCUCUACAGAAUGUGGCGCUGCGCCGCAACCCGAAUUCUAUACCGGAUUUAUUUUUAGAUCCCUCAUACAAAACACUUGGUAGCAACAUGAUGAGCACGUCGACACUUCGCUCGGACGCCCUUGUUGGCGGUGGUUUUGGCCCUGUAAGUCCCGGAUAUGGUAUUGGCUACGCGUCGGAAAGAAAAUGUUUGUGUUUUAAUGUUUCCUGUUGGAAAGAGUUUGGACCGCGGUACUCGGCCGACGAGUUUACGCAUGCUCUUUACUCCGCUGUCGUGGACAUGUACAAUAUUAUGCUUUCAGUCAAACAGAAUGAGUGA